AUGGAGCUUUUUAGAAAAGCUAUUAUAUAUUUCCUGAUAGUCUUCACGGUGUUGGACAAAAGAAAGGCCAGGGCUGAAGAUGACAUACAUGGACUAAUAGUAACACCAGUUCGAAGUGAUCGCACCGUAAAGCUACAUGUCAGAUGGAAUACGUCCUUGCCAAAUGAUACUCAAUUCUUGGUUACCAUAGAGCAUAUUGACUCCGAUUCAUGCCCACUUAAGGAAAGUCCUUUCGAAAACCUGAAACAUAUUAAAUGCGCACCAAUCGUUGAUGGCUCGGUAAGCUCACUUAAUAUCACGGACGUUGUCUUGCCUUCCGAUACUACCGGCAUUUCAAAACACGCAUGUUCGAUCCAACAACUCUGUACAUAUUCUGUACAAGUAGAGACUAUCAACUUUACGUUUCGCGUACGCCAAAUUGUCGCAAUACCUGACUGUGUGGAUCAGUUAUGCUCGUGCCAUUACGCGCAAUAUCUACCACCUCUCGUGGACACUUCUGCUGUUAUCAACCAAACUAGCAAUGAACUAAUCGUCUCUUGGAAGCUUGGCCCGUACAAUUUGACAGACCUACCAGAGCACGUGAACCCCGUAUCUAUCUAUAUUGGCGUCCGACGGGGUACGAACAAUGAGCUUGCAUGGGGCGGCCAACAUUCUAGCAUAAAGGAAUUGAUUCGUCCAUUUGAAGCUGGAUCAUUUAGUUUCGAUAUUAACCAAUUCGCUGGUAACAAAUUCAUCUUUGUGGUGCAAUUAAAAGUGAUAGAUACGAGGGAAUGUGAACGUGCUGCGAAGCCAUUACGAGUGAUACUACCUGAACCAGACCGGAAGCAAUUCAAUACAACGCGUGAAAAUAAAGCUAAUUGCAUUGACGGUACCCACUGCAAUUGUGAUCGCUUGAACAACUUUCCUGAUUUACUGCUAAAUGCGAAAUGCGAAAGGGACCAAAUCGUAGUUACGUGGUAUUCAUUAAAAUCGUACAUUGAACAACAGAGGUUUUCAUCCGGCAAUAUCGCUUUACAGUUAGCUAUAACUUUAGAAUCAUCUGGUGCUCUACUUUGCUCUGCUACGACAGACCCCAGGACAUCAAACACAUAUACCUUUUUUUUGAAUGAUUUGCCACUAAACCAGAGCAGCGGUUUAUUGCUCGUAUCCACGUUUAUUGAUAGUAGCAAUCAUUGUCAACGACACAUGCCUUCUUACAAAUUACAGUACCAUGCAUCCAAGCCUAUUUUGCUGCCGGUUUUAAUAGUUUUAUUCUUGAUUUUUAUUAUUAUCGCGGUUGGAGGUAGUUUAUUCGUGUAUGUUAAACGCCGAUCAACAAUGCGAUGGAAAGCAAAUAAUUGGAGAGAAGUCUACGUACGGUCGAGCGAUCAUCACCCACAAAUAGCGAUGGAAGAAAAUAGAUUGUACAUAGAUAUGGAUAUAUUGAACGCUCGCGCCCGGGGAGAUGCCGAUUACUUAGAAAUUCCUCACUCAUGUCUACGUAUUGGCCGAGAGAUUGGAAAAGGAGCAUUUGGGCGCGUUUUUAUGGCAAGUGCGGUAAAACUACCUGGUUUCAGUGGACCUAAGAUUGUCGCAAUCAAACAGCUCAAAAAAUGUUCGUCCAGUGAUGAGUUCGACGAGUUUCUGGAUGAAAUUACGAUGAUGAAAAAGGUAGGGAAACAUCCCAACAUCGUCGUUCUGCUGGGAUGCUGCACAAUCAAGGAACCUUUAACGAUGAUAAUGGAAUACGUGGGCUGUGGUGAUUUGUUGGAGUAUUUGCGCAAAAUUAGAGCAAAACAUCUGGCCAAAGUCCAUCAGCUGGAUACGGCCGGUACACAGUCGGAGAAUACCGCAGCCGGAACAAAUAUCUUUAGUCCUAUGGUGAAAUAUCUGGAUCUUUUACAUACCUCCAGUUCUACUUCUGAUGCGUCAUAUAUAACUCAAACGGACACCGCGACUCGACCAUCAGUAACUGAAACUACCUACACCAUACUUAGUGGUACAAUCGGUGAUGAAGAUAGCAACUCAGCACUCGGCAACUGUUCCCUAGAAUAUGUACUAGAUCACAACGAACUGCACAACUUUGCAAAACAAAUAGCCUGUGGAAUGGAACAUUUAGAAGAGCUGCAGAUAACGCACAGGGAUUUAGCCGCCCGCAACAUCCUCAUCGACGAACGGAAAACGCUAAAGAUUUCGGAUUUCGGGUUAUCACGCACCGGUAUCUACGUUAACACGAGGAACAAAAAGGUUCCACUUCGCUGGCUGUCUGUCGAGGCGAUGCGCGAUAAUCUGUACUCCAACAAGAGUGACGUGUGGGCUUUUGGAAUUGUGCUGUGGGAAAUUGGCACUCUAGGUGGCUAUCCCUACCCUUCUGUGAGCAACCAUGAGCUAUUUGCCUUUCUUCAGGAAGGAAAGCGUCUUGAGCGCCCGGAAAAUUGUACCACGGAGGUGUAUGAGCUGAUGUUGCAAUGCUGGCGGGAAGAUCCCAACGAACGACCAUCAUUUAAACAAAUAUCCAAGCACAUGCAACCGCACAAAAAAAUUUAUAUAGAUUUCAACGAAAUCGAGCCUACAUACGUAUUUCCACCGACCAGUGAUCAAAUUCGGCUGGCUAUUGCCAACAAUAAAUGAGACCAUAAGUUGACUAUUGAAAAUAAAUGUAAUAAUUCUGUUUUGCACACAUUAUAUCAAUAUGACUUACAAUAUACACAGAAGAAAAAAACUGUAUCAAAAACGCCAAAUAUUGUACACAGGCACACGGAUGUGCAUGUGCAUUUAAUGUGCAAAUUAUUCUGCAAAAUGAUGAAAAGGCGUUGGAAAUUCGAUACAAAAUGUUUUUCUGUAGUUAAAUGUACCUUUACGACGAAAGAAGUAGAACCAUAAUCCGGAGCUUAAAUGGAACGAAAGAGUUUCGAUAUCAUCUGAUUUGUACGCAAACGAUGGUAAUUUUAUCCACAUUCCACGAUGGCACUUUUGCCAUCGCCACAGAGAGAAGGAAAAUGAGCUUGACGUUUACCAGCGACAUCGGCGAUGUAAAAAUGAAAUAGUAAACGGAUCGAACCAGUGUGGUUUUAUGUACUCAAUGUUCAUCUACAUUCGUAAAAAUGUUCAAAGC